AUGGUCCAAAUUGACACUGGAAUGACACCUUCAACCUGGGCAACAGACGCUAACAAUAACAUCUACGAACUGAAGGGUGACGAUUUCACACUAGUACCUGGAAAAUUGAGUCACGUUACAUCUGGUGCUGCUGGUGUAUGGGGAGUUACAUCUGCAUCUCAAAUUUACUACAGAGAUAUGGUAACUAACACUUGGAAGAAAAUUGCAGGAGGUUUGAAACAAAUAGAUUCAGGGCCCAAAGGAAUUGUCUGUGGUGUUAGCAGCAUUGAUCAAGUAUUCUGUCGAACUGGGAUAACUGAUGCAACCCCCGAGGGUUCAGCCUGGAUUGCACUUGAUGGAUCUCUAAAGUACAUCACAUGUGGCGAGUUUGGUCACUGGGGAGUGAACAAAAACAACCAAGUCUUCUUCCGUGAAGGUAUUUCUGUGUUUGUACUCUUUAAUAUUUCUUUAAAAUUUUCCUAAUUGGUGGGUUUCAAUAACCGGCCAUUCGAGGGCAGUUCAAGGAUUGUGGCCAACUUCAGGCAUGUUGAUGGUUAAUCGAGCAAGCAAAUUAAAUUAAAUUAAGUCUUCUAUAUAUUAACGUUGUCUCCAAAUACAAAACAACAUGGAAUCACAGGUGUAUAUUGCUGUUGGGGAGCUUCUCCUUGUCGGUGAGUUAAGUUUUUUACUGAAAAAGGUAGGAUAUUGUUAUUCGAUGGGUGACUACCCAACUCUGACUUGGUGUGCAUGAAAACUCAUGUAAGUGGAGUUGUGGAUCGUUUUCUCCUGGUACUGCGGUUUCCCUCGCAAAACUAAUCCUUUCGCCUUGACUAGGCGUCUUAGAAAGUCUUCAACUCAGCAACGUCCUGAGUUGCAUUCUGUUUAAUUCAACUCUCAGUUAUAAUUAGGAAUUACUUUACAGUGGAUUCACCAUCAUCUACUGCAUGUUAGUGCUUAGUAAAUCUAUUUUCACCAUUUUUUGAAGGUGUUACAUCUGCCUUACCUCAAGGCACAGGAUGGAAAGCAGUAGAUAGCACUUUGGUUCAACUUGAGGCAGGACCUGACGGCAAAGUUUGGGGAGUAAACAGCAAGAAUGAACUAUAUCGCAGAUCUGGUGUAAGUAUGACCGUACCAAUGGGUACAUCUUGGAUGAAAGUUGGUGGACAGCCGUUGAAGUUUGUAACAGUUGGUAAAGAUCAGUUAUACAGUAUUGAUCUCAGUAAUAUUGUCUUCAGUGGAACAUUACGAAGAGUUGGAGCAGGUCCGAAACUACCAGGUAUAGCAAACGUUAGGUUCUGGCCGGUAUGAUACAGUCAUCAUCGUCACUAAUAUUACCGUCACCAUCACCGCAAUUGUUACUGUCAUGAGUAUGAUCUUCAUCACUACUUCAUCGUCAACAUCAUCAUCAACAUCAUAAUCAUGAUCAUCGUUCUCAUUUUUACCAUCGUUAAGAUCAUCAUUUUAUAGUAACGGCUAAUUUAAGUAUUGGCAUUAUUUUAUAGUUCCUCAAUUCAAACCUCCACCACUUAUUGGAGGGCCAGGAAGUCUGCCACCACAAAAAGUGAUGAUGACCAUACAAGGUUAGCAACAGUUUGAAUCUAAGUAACACUGUUGGUGACACAGUGGUUGGUGCAUGUGCCGUUUACCUCUGUUAAUGGGGUUAGAUUCUGGAGAUUUCUGCAGUAUACAGUUGCGUAGUUGUCUGAUUAUAAUAUCGUCACAUGCGACAAGAGUGUUUUUGUAGUUUCAGUCUGCCAAACAACGUCGGUUCUUUGCAGGUAUAUCGAUUCUUCCCAUAAUAAUAAUACUAGGGUAAAAGUUUAGAACCGAUAUAAUAGCUAUACCAUAUAAAUAAAGUUGGGUUAGUUUCAGUUAAGUUUGAACCCUAUAUUAUGUAGUAACUUAUGCAGUAACUCGCUCUUUCCUAACAGUGUCCUGGAGGUCCCUGAGCAAACCUAUGGUUCAAAUUGACACUGGAAUGACACCAUCAACCUGGGCGACAGACGCUAACAAUAACAUCUACGAACUGAAGGGUGACGAUUUCACACUAGUACCUGGAAAAUUGAGUCACGUUACAUCUGGUGCUGCUGGUGUAUGGGGAGUGACAUCUGCUUCUCAUAUUUACUACAGAGAUAUGGUAACUAACACUUGGAAGAGAAUUGUUGGAGGUUUGAAACAAAUAGAUUCAGGGCCCAAGGGAAUUGUCUGUGGUGUUAGCAGUAUUGACGAAGUAUUCUGUCGCAAUGGAAUAACUGAUGCUACCCCUGAGGGCUCAGCCUGGAUUAAACUUGAUGGAUCUCUGAAGUACAUUUCAUGUGGCGAGUUUGGCCACUGGGGAGUGAACAAAAAUAACCAAGUGUUCUUCCGUGAAGGUAUUUCUGUGUUUGUACUUUUUUAUGUUUCUUUGAAAUUUUCCUAAUUAGUUGGUUUCAAUAACCAUAAGAGGAGAAGAUUGUGACCAACUUUAGAAAUGUUGGCACUUAUACGAGCAAGCAAAUUAAUUAAACUACAUAACAUACUUAUUUAUUUGCCUCUAAAUAACCCCUACAAGCUAUUGUUCCCCUAACAGGCUACUUGGCCCAAACAGGCGAUUCUGUCUUUACAGCCCAUUGUGCCCAUGUGAGCUGUUGUGCCCCUAAUGAACUGUUGCGCCUCUGACAGCCCACAAUGCCCCUAACUGGCUAUUAUGCUCCAACGGACUUCCUUUCUCCCAUUUUAGUUGGUUUUUACUAUACGGGGUAUAGAAAUUACCCUUUCUAACAUCCAGCUACAAUACUGAGCCUCGAUGCAACAAUUCUACAGGGAAUCACGGGGUAAAAAUACAGUAGUGAGCUUCUCCGUGUCACUGAGUUAAAUUAUAUCUGUUUCUGAAAAUUAAGGGUAAGGUAAGGUAGGAAUAUUGUUAUUUUAUAGGUGACUACCCAGUUCUGACUUGAUGUGCUGGACUCAUCUAAGUAGAAUUGAUAUUGUUUUGCCUGGUAGCCCGGUUCCCUCCCCUCCCAAAACAAACCCUUACGCCUUAGCUGUUAUUUGUGAUAAAACAUGAGUCGUAUGGUGGUAGCCAGAGGCGCCUUAGAAAGUCUUCGACUCAGUCACGUUCUGAGUUGCGUUCUUCGUAAUUCAACUCUCGGCUGUAAUUAGGAAUUACACUACCUUUUGCCUAUAAAAUGAAAACAAUUAACAUUAUUUUCCUGCUGUGAUAAUGUCGGUUGACCAUCAUCUACUGCACGUCAGUGCUUUAUUGUAAACCGUUUUUACCAUUUUGUGUAGGUGUCACAUCUGCCUUAUCUCAAGGCACAGGAUGGAAAGCAGUAGAUAGCACUUUGGUUCAACUUGAGGCAGGACCUGAUGGCAAAGUUUGGGGAGUUAACAGCAAGAAUGAACUAUAUCGCAGAUCUGGUGUAAGUACGACCGCACCAAUGGGUACAUCUUGGAUGAAAGUUGGUGGACCGCCGUUGAAGUUUGUAACAGUUGGUAAAGAUCAGUUAUACAGUAUUGAUCUUGGUAAUACUGUCUUCAGUGGAACAUUAAGAAGAAUUGGAGCAGGUCAGAAACUACCAGGUAUGGCAAACGUUAGGUUUUGGUAUGAUAAGGUGUAUAGUACAGUCAUUAUUGUCACCAGUAUUACCGUCAUCAUCACCAUCACCAUAAUUGUUACUGUCAUCACCAUGAUCUUCAUCACUAUCUUCAUGAUCAACAUCAUCAUUAUAAUCGUAAUCAUCGUUCUCAUGUUUACCAUCGUCAAGGUCAUCAUUUUAUAGUAACAGCUGAAGUAUUGACCUUAUUUUAUAGUUCCUCAAUUCAAACCUCCACCACUUAUUGGAGGGCCAGGAAGUCUGCCACCACAAAGAGUGAUGAUGACAAUACACGGUUAGCAAGAGUUUGAUUCUAAGUAAUACUGUUGGUGACACAGUGCUUGGUGCAUGUGCCGUUUACCUCUGUUAAUGGGGUUAGAUUCUGGAGAUUUCUGCAGUAUACAGUUGUGUAGUAUCUGAUUAUAAUAUCGUCACAUGCGACAACCAAAGUCUACCAAACAACCUCGGUUCUCUUCAUGUAUUCCGAUUUCGUCCCAUAAUAAUAUUACUAGGGUAACAGUUUAGAACCGAUAUAAUACUAUACCAUAUAAAUAAAGUUAGUUCAGUUUCAGUUAAAUUUGAACCAUGUAUUCAACGUCUUACCCAGGAUCUUUCCUCUUGGGUAGAAAAUACCCCGGUAGACGCUGGUCACGUGAUCUGCUAAAAUCUAGCAGAUUCUUAUUAUCUCUAUUAUAUAUUAAAUCUUUAUAUAUUAAAUCUAGCAGAUUCUUAUUACGACAAUACUACAAAAUGCAAAUUAUAAAUUAAACCAUAAAAAUCAUCCAAAUAUCAAGUAUUUAUUGACCUCAUCUUGGAUUGCUAAUUAAAAAUCUGCUAGAUAUUAGCAGAUCGCGUGACCAGCGUCCACUAGGGUCUUUUCGCCUCUCGCCAGGAGGAGAGACGGUGGGUACGAGGUUCCAAUAUAUUAUGUGGUGAUUUAUGUAGUAAAUUCGCUCUUUUUUUGACAGUAUCCUGGCGAUCUCUGAGCAAACCUAUGGUUCAAAUUGACACUGGAAUGAUGCCAUCAACCUGGGCAACAGACGCUAACAAUAACAUCUACGAACUGAAGGGUGACGAUUUCACACUGGUACCUGGAAAAUUGAGUCACGUUACAUCUGGUGCUGCUGGUGUUUGGGGCGUUACAUCUGCAUCUCAAAUUUACUACAGAGAUAUGGUAACUAACACUUGGAAGAAAAUUGCAGGAGGUUUGAAACAAAUAGAUUCAGGACCCAAAGGAAUUGUCUGUGGUGUUAGCAGUAUUGAUCAAGUAUUCUGUCGCACUGGGAUAACUGAUGCUACCCCCGAGGGUUCAGCCUGGAUUGCACUUGAUGGAUCUCUGAAGUACAUCUCAUGUGGCGAGUUUGGUCACUGGGGAGUGAACAAAAAUAACCAAGUGUUCUUCCGUGAAGGUAUUUCUAUGUAUUUGAAUGUUUCUCUAAAAUGUUCCUAUUCGGUGGAUUUCAAUAACGAUUAGAGGGCAGAUUGUGACCAACUUCAGAAAUGUUGACGCUUAUACGAGCAAGCGAAUUAAACUACAUCUCCUAUUUAUUCCUUUGCCUCCAAAUAACCCUACAAGCUAUUGUGUCCCUAACAGUCUAUUCGUCCUUUACAGGCUAUUGCGCCCAUGACAGAUCAUAGUGCCCUUAACAGGCUAUUAUGGCCCAACGGGCUUCUUUUCUCCCUUUUUUAUGGGUUUUGACCAUACUGGGGUAGAACUCACACUUGCUACAAUUUAGCCACAAUACUGAGCCUCAAUGCCACAAAAUGUUCAGGGAAUCACGGGUGUAAAAUUCAGUUAGUGAGCUUCUUCUUGGAAUUACAUUACCUUUUGCAUGUAAAAUGAAAUCAAUUAACAUUAUUUUCCCACUGUGAUAAUGUCGAUUGACCAUCAUCUACUGUACAUUAGUGGUCUAUAGUAAAACCGUUUUCACCAUAUUUUAUAGGUGUAACCAUUGCCUCACCUCAAGGCACAGGAUGGAAAGCAGUAGAUGGCACUUUGGUUCAACUCGAGGCAGGACCUGAUGGCAAAGUUUGGGGAGUUAACAGCAAGAAUGAACUAUAUCGCAGAUCUGGUGUAAGUACAACCAUACCAAUGGGUACAUCUUGGAUGAAAGUUGGUGGACCGCCGUUCAAGUUUGUAACAGUUGGCAAAGAUCAGUUAUACAGUAUUGAUCUCGGUAAUACUGUCUUCAGUGGAACAUUGAGAAGAGUUGGAGCAGGUCAGAAACUACCAGGUAUGGUUAUCUUUAACGUUAUCAUAUAAUAUAGUCAGUCCCUUAGCCAUUGGGGGGUGUAUUUGUUAAGGCAUAAGAUAAGGUAACUUUCGUGGUGAUUUCAGCUGUUUUUUCUGGUAAAUUGUACAACCAUUGACAGGCUAUGAAAGGCUAAGUGGAAGUUAAAAGUGAACGCAAGUUAAAAAUGUCAAAUUUUAGUUGUAUUUCCAGGAAACACCCGUAUUAUAUACUUAAUUAUAUACUUAAUUUUUAUUUCUUUCUUUUAAUUUACAAAAUUAUUCUAACAUUUUUAUGAACAGUCCAGUCAAGAAACCAGGCAAAAAUCGUUACUCUAAAUUAAAUGCUUUCUCAAGCGCCGUUUCGUGCUCUACAUUUAUAAUAUUCUUAAAAUAUGCCAUUAGAUUUGUACUUAUUAUAUUUGUACGGUAUUCUAUUCCACAAAAUAAACAUUGGUCUUGUAUUAUUAUGAGAAGAUAUAAAGCAGCAAAUUAAAAUGAGUGUCAAAAUUAAAGAUAUUUAUAAAAUUUAUUAAAUGUGGUGUACAUUGUCAAUUGACAAUAAUAUACUGGUGUUUGACUCAUCUUUGAUGGAUGAUUUUCUAACAGUCUCGACAACAAAAUUUCUUACACAGAUAUUUCAGAAAUUAAAAGAUCUCGGAAUUUCGUUGCAAUUACACAUCUCGGCAAUAACUAAAUCAUUUUGAUUCGAUUAUCAGGAUAUAUUUCACUAAAUAACAACCAAAUCGGUGAGUAACUUGGCAAGCCGUAUAGCAUGGUCUAUAAGUUGAAUGUUAUUCAAAUUGUUUGGAAUGUAACUCAAUUUUUUAAUAUCAGUUCUUUUCACGAUUUCUAGCAAAUAUAAAUUUGAACACCCAAAACUAUAACACGUUGCAAUUUUAUAACGCUACAGACGCGCCCCUCUACCACCCCUCCCUAUAUUUGAAAUAAUUUGGGAGGACAUGACCAGUCGAGGUUGCUUUCAGUUUAAAACGUCAUUUAAGAAAUCACGUAAUUUCGACCAUUACACCUCCCACAACAACAUACUAUAGUCUUCGCUAAGUCCCUCAGUAUAGUAUGAUAUGAUAUGACAUUAUGUGUACUAUUUAAAACACCAGUAGGAUGUUUUAUCCGAUCGACAUAAAGCGCUCUGAAAAGAAUACUAAUUAGGAUGAACAAUUAUAUAAUGCCACAUGCAUGCAUGUAUGCAUGCAUGUGUUUUAUCAGAUAUAAAGUCACUCCACGUGACAUAUUAUGGCUGACAUAAUUUGCCACAAGGUUUAUGAAUUAUUAAUGAGUAUUUUAAGGUAUUGUAGUACAUGCUUUGGUUUACUAUAUGGUGAUGUAUAUGUCACGAUAUGAGAAAGUGCACAUUUCUUUCACAUAUUGUAGUCUAAAUAUUUAUCAAUAUUUUUCUAGUUGUUGGUGGACCUGGCUCCCUUCCACCACCAAAGCUGCAGCCAGGUUAGUAAAACGAAAAAAGCUUAUACUGUAAUUUCUAGAUUUCUUUUGACAACGAUUUGAUACCCGUAUUUCCCUUUUAUAGCUAUCACACCAGUUGGAGGACCAGGUUCUCUUCCACCAACGCUCCCAGGUAAGAAACUUUAAUUUGUGAAAGUUUUCUUCCGUUAAACCAUUAUCAUAUGGUUGCAGUUUGACUAAUCAUCACGAUCAUCAUCAUCACCAUUAUCAUCACAAACAUCAUUGUUAUGAACAACAAUACCACUACCAUCUCAUCACCAUCAUCAUCACAUCUCUACCACCACCAUCACCUCAUAACAAAACCUCUCAAAUCAACUCUAAAUCUAUAAUUUUUAUCCUUCUAGUUCCUAAAACAUGGAAUACGAUUCCGCUUGAUCCAAGCAUAGAAAAAAUGGUUCAGAUCGACUCGGGUAUCACUAAUGCAGUUUGGGCAAUCAAUAUCCGUGAUGCUGUAUACAUGCUAAAAGAUUUCAAUAAAUGGAUCUACGUGCCUACGAAUCAGAAGUACAUCACAGCUGGUGAAUCUGGUGUAUGGGCUGUUGGCAACAAAGAUCAAGUACAGCUUCGUCUUGGAAUUAGCGAUAAAUUACCUGAAGGAAAGCAAUGGUAUCAGAUCAGUGGAAAGAUGAAACAAAUCGAUUCCGGACCUCUGGGUAUACUCUGUGGAAUAACUGUAGAACAAAAGAUUGAUUGCCGAACUGGAGUUUCAUUGAUCGAUCCCAAAGGCAACGGAUGGUCGACUAUUCCAUUCGAGAAAAAACCUAAACAUAUCUCGUGCGGGGAGUUUGGAUGCUGGGUUGUGACAACAAGUAACAAGGUUAGGAUGGCUUUAUAUUACUUCAAGCUUAGCUUGUUCAUAACAGACUUUCGCCUCUUACUGGGGUUCGCUUCUUGUAUUAUAAUUUCACCUCAGUUGCCCUUGAGAAGAAUGCUUCCAGUUUGACUCUACCGAAUGCCAUAGGUUUUCUCCGGAUACUCCAGUUGUUUGCUGUAGAAAAACCGGAUCAACAUAGAAUUAACCUUUCUGGAACCUCAUAGAGAACAGUUUAGAAUCCAGAGAGCUAUGCCCAGUGUCAAUAAAGUCAGUUUAGUUUAGGUUCCCUUCUGUAGUAACACUGCGCACCAGUAAGAGACUGCUUUCCUUGCACCUGUACGGAAAAAAGUUUGGAACUGAUAGAUCUAUCCAGUAUAUAUAGAGUUAGUUUUGUUUAUGGUCUCUUCCUGUAGUUACACUGGAUUAACACGAGAUACCCUUAUUGGAAUUCCAGGUAGAACUGAUAAAAAAGCUAUCCAAUGGAAACGAAUUUAAUUAAAUUUAGGCUUUAUCCCCUUAGUUACACAGGACCCUUAGGGGAUUUUAGAAUUGAUAGAGCUAUCCAUUAUACAUAAAAGUAGUGUCCCUUGUUGUGUUCUAUUAACUUAAUAUCUUAUUUAACCACUAUUUCUCUCACAAUAUAUUUAGGUUUACUUUAGACAAGGACAGACUCAGUCAACAACAAUUGGUACAUCAUGGUUGCCAGUCACGGGCAAGCUUACCCAACUAGAGGCAGGGCCUGGCGGGCAGGUCUGGGGCAUCACCCUGACAGGUGGAAUACAAAGUAGGGUUGGUGUCUCUGCCAGUAAUCCUACUGGUACGUCAUGGAAAGACGAGAAGCCUUCUGGAUACUCUCAUAUCACCAUUGGAAAAUCUGGUGUCUUUGCUAUCACUGUGGGUGGCGGUGUUGAACAUCGUAAGUGAUAAUUGACUAUCUUAGUAGUUUUACGAAUCAUAAUAAACAACCUUAAAAGAUUUUACCUCGUCGCCCCCUAAUUUACUCAGGCAUAUUAUUUAAUUGGUUGGUUACCUGCCAUUCUUCUAUAGAUGACAACGGGUCUAAUUAGUUAUGCAUAUAGUUAUUAACGAUUUUAAUAUUUUUCUUUGUAGUACCGAUAUUACCCGGUGUAACAACAGGUACUAAAAUUCAAUGUUUAUCACCAUUAUUAUCUUUAUCAUUAGCAUUAUCAUCGGUUUGAUUACAUUAUAUCAUGAUCACCAUCAUUAUCAUCAUUAUCUUGAAUUUGAAUGUACCGUUAACAUUAUGUUUACCAUAUUUUUAUAGUAGUCAAGCCUGCACCUCAACCAGUUCCAGGUACGUAAAACCCAGGAACUUCUUGCAUUUACCAUGGUGAGAAAUUUUGGUCUUAUUCAGUCUCUUUCUUAAAUUUUUCUUACUGAAACUUUCUUGUUCUCUUUCAGUUGUUGGUGGACCUGGCUCUUUGCCUCCUCAAACAAAACCAGGUGUGUGAGAAUAUCUAUCUCUAACUAGCUAACGUUUUCACCGGUCAGUGGAGGUAGUUUGGUUUAGUCUAUAGCAAGGGAAUGUUAGGCGAACCGCAACAAUGUAGUUUACAUUAAAUAUAUCACGUUGAAUGCAAAUGACAUCAUAGGAUGACAAUACGACAUGAAGUAUUUUAAGUAGAUAAAAAAGAGAACAUGAGGCGAAGAACUCGAUAUACUGUGAAAAUUAUAAAACAGAGCUUAAAUAAAACAAAAUACAUUCGUUGUGAUAUUUAGUGAUAAUGUAACGCGGGGUAAUAUAUAUUUAUAUAUUUGUUCUUUCGCUCGUAUCUCUUAGCAAUUCUUGGUGGACCCGGGUCGUUACCUCCUCAAAAGAAACCAAAAUCCGGUAUUAAUACAUUUAUAAGUUUAUAUCUUUUAUCUGUCAACAAAACUUUGUAAGAAUUUACUUCGAGAAGAGCAAAUCAAAAAUGUUUUUUCUUUCACAGUCGAAGAUGAAAUGGCAGAUGAUAGUGCGGUAACUUCUGAAGAGCAAAAGAAACCAGGUAUUAAUAAAUUUAUACAGUAGGUAUUAAUAAAUUGAUAAAUUUAACAAAAUUUGUAUUUUGUUAAAUUUAUAUAGUUUAUGGCUUUUUUGUCAACAAAAUUUUGUAAGAAUUUACUUCAGGAAGAGCAAAUCAAAGAGCUAUUUUCGUCAAGGGACGUCCUUGGAGAACAAAUAGUUUUAAGAACGUGAAAGUUAACUUAAAUGUCUUAAUUAAAUGUAACGUAACUCUUUCAAACUCUUAAGGUUACUUACGUGUUUUUUUUCCACAGUGGAAGAUGAAAUGGCAGAUGAUAGUGCUCUAAUUUCUGAAGAGCAAAAGAAACCAAGACCAGGUAUUAAUAAAUUUGUAUAGUUUAUAGCUUUUUUGUUAACAGGAAUUUACUUCAGGGAUUAAGAGCAAAUCAAAGAGCUAUUUUCGUCAAGGGACGUCCUUGGAGAACAAAUAGUAACUCUUAAGGUUAUUUAUGUGUUUUCUUUCACAGUGGAAAAUGAAAUGGCAGAUGAUAGUGCGGUAAUUUCUGAAGAACAAGACACAAAUGAAAUGAACCAGCAACGAGAUAAGACAAUGACAAACAAGAAACAUCGCGCUAAAGGUAUUAAAUAUAGUAUUUCCUAUUUAUUGUGUCUAAACGAGUGGGCAUAUGGUGGAUGAUGGUGAUGAUAAUGAUGAUGAUAAUUAUGGCAAUGCAUGAUGGUGGUAAUGAUGGUAAUGAUGAUGGUGGAGAUGGAUGAUGGUGAUGUGAUAAUGAUGGUGAUGGUCAUGAUGGUGACGAUGAUAAUGGUGGUGAUGACAUUCAUCAGAUAAAUUGAUCCAAAAUAUUCAUUACGUGAAAACUAUAAAAUCAUUAAUCUUUUGCAGUAAAAGCGUGCAGUGACAAUUAUACUAAAUGUCGUAUUUAUGCUGCACAUGGAAUGUGUGAUGACCCUGACAGCAAAACCUCCAUGGUGGAAAUUUGUCCGAAAUCUUGUAAAGCCUGUUAACAGCCGGUAGGUUCUUGGAGGUAUUUUCGUAUCAUAAACUAAACUGAAUUAAACUAUAAACCAAACCGUAAACUAGAGUAAACCAAACAAAAUUUAAACUAAACUAAGCACAAUUAAACUAAAAUAAACUGUUCUACAACAACAGUGAUAUAGUCAAUAUAUAGUAUGUAAUAUAGUAGAUAUAACAACAACAACAACAGCAACAGCAACAACAGCAACAGCAGCAGCAGCAAAACAGCAAAACAGCAAAACAGCAGCAACAACAGCAACAACAGCAACAACAACAACAACAGCAACAACGGUAACAACAACAACAGCGAUAAUGAAGCAACUAGAACUGCAUGCAAAAAUAGUAGCAGUAAAUCAAUAACAAUAUAGCAACAACAACAAUAUCACCAUCACCAAUCACUAUCAACAACAAUUACAACAACAAAAGCAACAUUGAAAAUAUUUUAAAUUUUUUGCCCCUAUCAAUAUAUAUUAACAAUUUUAAUUUUAUGUUUUAGGAUCAAAUGUCGUAAUGAAAGACAAUAAAAAUUUAAUUUUAAAAUGAAACUUAUAUAAUACUAUUUGAUACAUGCAAUUUAAUAUGUAAUGCAUUGUAAUACUUAAAUAACUUAGUCUAAGCGUGUAAAUAUAUUGUAACAUAAAGUGUCAUGCAGUGUAUAAAAUAAUUGGUAAUGAUAUUAUUAAAAAUUUGAUGAUGUAUAUAUAUAUAUGAAUAAAUUUACAGUAACAUUCUCAGUGAUUAGAUGAUUACAUG